AUACGUGAAACUUAUACAUUUUAAAGAAAAUUAACCAGCCACCUAUUGCAAAAUUGCUUUACGUAUGUAGAUUUUGCAUAUUACAACCCAAACAUAUAAAUUAUUAUAUCCCUAAAUAAAUAAAGUAUUUAUCCAAUAAAAAAACAAUUUAACAUAAUGCGUUUGUUUCUUUUGUUUAAUAUUAGGCUAAUAACAAGAAAUAGUUUAUAGAGCAUAACGUUUAAAUUAAAAUUGCAAAUCUAAAUCAAGAAAGAGUUGGUUAUUCCAACAGAAACCAUAUAGAAGAGUUCCAGGAUCUCCCCAGGCAUUUAACAGAGGGAAGAGACCAUUAAAUAUGGCAAACGAAACAUGCUGUACUAACUGCAACAACACAUAAAACCAAACAGAAUCAAUCUCCCUCUCCAUCAUUCUACCGUUUAUAUAUUUUGCUCCAGACAAGAAUAGUUUCUGAGGUGAGGGAGAGAGAUCUCUAGGGUUUUCACUAAAUCCUUGGAGUCAGUCUCCUUCUCCAUCACAAACCAUUUAUCUCUGUGCGGUUAGCAUACAACUUUUGCUUCUGUUUAAGUCCUUUUUCUUCUAAUUCUUGCAUACAAACAAGGCAAACAUGCAGAUAUACACAUGACCUAACUUGUACAACAAGGCACAGAUCCCAUAUGAUUUGACUUUUUGUGAUAUAUAUACAUAUAUAAUCAUUAAAAAAACAAUAGUGAAAAAUGGUGAGGGUUGGUGAAGCAUUGAGUGUAUCACCCUCAUCGUCCUCAUCUCUCAACGAAAGCGAUGCUGAAGAGCUUCAAAAGAUGUCACUAGAACCACCGAGAGCUAAACCCAAGAAACGUCUCUCGAAGCAACUCUCAAUGCUGGAGACCAAAAGAGACAAGGCAUGGGAGCGUCGCCGUCGCCAGAUGCUCCAUCACCUCGAGAUGAAGCAAAUAAACGAAGGAGGAGAUAUUGACUUAACGGACGAGGACUUGAGUGAGCUCAAAGGUUCUAUUGAGUUAGGGUUUGGUUUCAACGAAGAGCAAGGACAACAACUCACAACUACGUUGCCUGCUUUGGACCUUUACUUCGCUGUGAACCGUCAGAUCUCUCCGGUUUCUACACCAAGCAGCGGUGGAUCUUCGUCGUCUAGACUUACUUCCCUUGGAGAAGGUUCCUCCUCCUUUGGUAGUCCUAUGAGCGACUCGGAAGGAUUGAAAUUUAUGUCUCCAGGUAACUUUUUUUUUUUCAUGUUGCCGCAUUUUUAUAAGAGAUCUUUAACUCAUUUCUAUUUUUUCUUCUAUAAAUAUGAGUUUUUGCUACAAUAAAUUCCUGAAUAAUAUAUUUUUCUAUUAUAAGGAAAUGUUAUAUUUUGUCUUUUAUUAUAAAGACAAAAUAGCAUUCAUUUAAAUAAAAAAAUAUAUAACAUUAGUUCUACUAUAUAUAAUAGAGGACUACUAGAACAAAAACUCAUAUUUAUUUUAAAGUUCCUCUGUUAUAUAAGAAAAUUUAGAAAUAGAACAAAAAAAAAUAUAAGAUGAUUUAAACGCAUUCUGUUAUUUAACAUGUAUCAUCGUAUAAGUGUUGGAAUGAUAUAACUUACUAAAAGUAAACUUUCAGGAGAUAACCCCCAACAGGUUAAAACGAGGCUGAGGCAUUGGGCACAAGCUGUUGCAUGUUCUGUUAUACAGUAUAAUUAACCAAAGAAGUGAGACAAAGGAAGUGUUGUGAUAUUAUGGCAGCUAACGAGGGUUUAUUUAAGGAGGUGAUUAAGACAGAAGAGCAAACUAUUGAAGUUACAAACUAAAAGAAGAAUUGACAAAGAUGCAUAAAGGUCUUGGUUUGUUGUUAUCCAACUUUUAUUUUCACCAAAGACCAAGAGUAAUUCUAUUAUAGAUAUACUAGGUUUUUGCUUCUAAAUUUUUCCUAACAAACUUCUUUUCUAAUAUCAAAGAGAAAUAUACUUCUUUUGUUCGGUGAGAAAUAGACUUCUAAUACAGAAAACAAUGAUGAAUGUCUUGUUAUUUUUCAAACUCGAGGUUCUUUAUUUAACUUUGUUUACUAAAACCAGCAAAGGAGUAUCAGUUUAACAGAGGCUUAAGCAGGCUUAAACUUUUUCACCAUGUUAUUAUAGGCGAAAAAGUUACAUCAAGUUAACAAAGUAUCAAUUUAACUAAUUAAAAAAUAUAUAAUGAAAACUUCAACACUCCCCCUCCCCCUUCCACACACACACAUACAUACAAACACUCUUCACACAAAUCCUACAAGAAAAAUCAUAGAAAAUGCAAACCAAACCCACAGAAAAUGAAAAUCCACAAGGACAAUAUAAACACCAAACCCCAAAACAAUAUGAAUCAUUCCUGAAUACUGUAAAAUAUUGAGAUUAUUA